GCUGUGCCCUGAGCCCAGUGAAAGCAGCCAAGAGAGGAGGCGGGGCUCCGGCGACUUCCCCUUCCACCUUCCCCCACCUUUCUCUUCCAAUCUCCGUUUGGCCCUAGCUGUAUUCAGCCGUUACCGCAGCAGCUUCCCAGCCAUUUGCAGGAUCUACACAACCACAGUCGCUGUUCUCAGGAUGGUGAUCUAUGUGUAUAUUGCAUCUUCCUCUGGUUCUACAGCGAUUAAGAAGAAGCAGCAAGAUAUUCUUGGUUUCUUAGAAGCUAACAAAAUAGGAUUUGAAGAAAAAGAUAUUGUAGUAAAUGAAGAGAAUCGGAAGUGGAUGAGAGAAAAUGUACCAGAAAAUAGCCGACCUGCCACAGGCUACCCCCUGCCACCCCAGAUUUUCAAUGAAAAGCAGUACCGUGGAGACUAUGAUGCCUUCUUUGAAGCCAGAGAAAAUAAUGCAGUGUAUGCUUUUUUAGGGCUUACAGCCCCACCUGGUUCAAAGGAAGCAGAAACCCAGGCAAAGCAGCAAGCAUGAGACUUUAUCAUUUCGCCUUGAGCAUCCUGAAAAGAAAGUCCCAAUUGUUUUUAUAAAAUAAAAAAUAUUAUAUUGACAUCAAAGAAAAUAGGUUUAAUGUAAAGGAAAUAAGUUUAAUGUUGCAAUAAUUGAUUAGAUGGUUGUUUUCAAUUCCAAAUUAAUGCAUAAAUAAAAUUUAAAUAUUAUGGUGAGGACAAGGUGUGAUAAGCAAAGAAGUUAAGUAGCUGUCAUGAGACAGUAUUGUUAUUUGGAAAGGCAAUUCAUUUAUAUAUUUCAGUGAUUUUCAAUAGCAAACACCAGGGCUUGAGUGAUGGUACAGCAGGUGUGCUCUUGCCUUGCAUGCAGCCAACCUGGGUUCAGUACUCCACCUGUGGUCCCCAAAGCAAUGCUAGCAAUGAUGCAAGGUCUAGAGCAAGCCUAAGCACUGCUGGGUGUGACCCCAAAACAACAAAAUUAAAUUAAAUACCUGUCAUCUUUUUAGGUAUUAUCAUUAAAGCUUAAGUUUAUUUGUGGUUCUACAUUAAGAGAGAAAAAGAAAAUCUCUUGUUCCAAUAUUGCCACAUUAAAUUUAGUAAACAAGCACGUAUACCUUUUGGAUGUGGUAUUACAGAACUUAAAAAGAAGCCGAAGUUAUGCUUAUAUUUAAGAAAUAGUAAUUUUUGAGGUGAUUAUAACAUUUCCAUACUUUUUAGUUAACAUUUUAAUUUACCAAUCCACAGGUUUCCUAGGAUUCUUCAUAUAGCCUUUCAUUGCACACUUCAGUGAUAAGAGCUUCUGAACACAAACAAACAUAAACAUAUAGUAGUAGACGGUUUUCUUGAAUAACUACCAGCUCUGCUGGAAUCAUGUUUCUAAGUUGGUUUCUGCACGGAAGUAAGCAUUUUUAUAUUAUGGAAGUGGAAUGACAAUUUUUAAAUUGCAUCAUUUUAUAAAAAGCUCAGUCUUUAAUUUCAGAUUAUGUCACUCAUUUAUUUACAAAGACUGGUUUAUCUUUUUGCCUAAAAAUAAACACCAAAAAAACCUUUUGGGCAGGAAACAUAGUACAGUAGGUUGCUUGGCUUUCAUGUGGCUGACCUGGAUUUGAGACCCUGCACCCCAUGUGGUCCCUUGAGCCUUCACCAAAAAUGAUCCCUUAGUGCAGUGCCAGGAAUAAUCCUUGAACACUGUCAGGUGUGAAUCAAAAACAAAUAAAACAAAAGUUUAGUGCCUUGAUUCUUUUAAAACAACUUUAAAUCAUGUCAGGUACUAUCUCAGAUAUUUUAUAUUUUUGUUUCAGUUUAGGCAUGUGUUUUGGGAGACCAUUUAAAAAAAGAUUUUUUUAAAUUCCCUUAAAUAGUGCAAGUGCCAGAUAAAAGGAACACUUUUUAAAAAUUUUAUUUCCGAAGACUUUCAAGAAGCCAAGAAGCAUUGUAACUUAAAUUGCUUAUCCAUAAGAUGCACAAAAUUAUACUUUGCCUCUACACUAGUGCUAAAAGCAGACAUAUUCUAUUUUAAACAAUUUUGCUGUGCUUUUAUUGUAUCAUUAGAUAUAUUCAAGCUUAUUGUAUUUGCCAAAAUCAACAUAAAAUGAAGAGAUGACUUCAAUGAAAAUGAAACGUGAUGGAUGCUUAAAAUAAACUCAGUACUUGCAGAAGCAUAA